ACGGUACGGAUUUACAAAAUACUUUUAUUCAUGUGGAGCUACAGAACUACGCGGUACGACCGGUAUUGGGUUUUAAAAAUUUAAAAAUGUGAGUUGGGAUAUCUAAUCAGUAAUUAGCAAAGGUACGGUUUCCGAGGCGUGUGAGGUAACGGCGACAAGUCGUCGCGACACGUCGCUAGUAUAAAUGUUUACGAACAUUAUAAUAUAAGUUGGUUUAGGACGCAUGCAUGCCAUCUAGCGGCAACCGAUCUUUUGGUAGCGGCGACCGACGAAACGACUGCAUCGUGAUCAGUAAGAGUGUGAAUGUGUACGCUAAAGCAACAAGUUUGACCGCCUGCCACAUAAUACAUAUAAUAUCUUUUUAGUAUCUAAUUAUAAUUUAUUCAAUUUAUAAAUAUAGUAGGUACAUACUGCAUAUAGUACAUAUAGUAUCUACUUGUAUAUUAAAGUAGAUAUAUUUAUAUAUUAUGCAUAAUAAUAAUUUACACAAGUUCGAAAUGUUGGUAAAUGAAGAUUUUCUAUCAACAGGAAACAAAAAAAGAAAUAAAAAAAAAUCUGAACUAAGUUUUAGGGAGUUAAUUUUACAAGAUCCGGCGUGGCGGGAAACGACCAUUGAUGUAAAUAAAUCUGUUAAAGAUACAUUGAAAACCAUUGUGUCUUCGUAUUCUGAAAAGAAGCGCAAACUUGAUAUGGAAUAUGGAGCUCCAGACAGAAAGAAAAUAUUGUUGUUAGCUCCUCAUCUUAGCUUUUUAGGAGAAAUGCUAAACAAACGAAAAACGACUUCAAAUCUUGAUCAUAAAAAAGUCAUCUCUCAAAAUAAAGUCACUGAAGUAAUGAAUAUCAACAAAUCAUCUCAAAAAAUAGAAUAUAAAAAAAAAGAUGAUCAGUUACACAAAAGUUUUGAAAAGAAGCCAAAGGAGCAACAAACAUUUGAAACAAUCCAGGCACAAAAUGACAAAAAACCCGAUGAAUGCGAUGAUAUUGAUUAUUUUUUUAAAAGUCUUUCUUUAUCAAUAAAAAAAUUACCAACAAAAGGAAUUUCUGAGGCAAAAUUAAGAAUGCUGUCAGCAUAUAUAGAGAUUGAAGAUAAGUACAAUUAUCCAUCAACUUCUGCAGAAGUAACACGAUUCAUACGGUACACAUGAUGGACAAUGGUCAGUAUAAUUUUCUUCAACAUGCAUCAACUUGUAAAGUAUACCCCAGUACUUCAAAUUUUAAUAAUUAUAAUUAUGACAAAGACAGUAAGUUUUCAGAUAAUUAUAUAAAAAAUAAAUAAUUAUUAGUGAAAUUUAAAUUUAUAUGUAUUUAACAUUAUUUAUAAGAGCAUUACUUAUUUCAACAAAAUAUUUUAAAAACAAUAUAUUAGAUAAUACUUUAAUAGUCCA